UUCCGGCGUGGGAACGGGUAUUGGGGUCCCUCUGAGUCCAUCCAGGACGCCUUGGUUGGUUUACCGGGAAAGACUUCGAGGCUGGGCCAGGCACAGCAGCUGCACCAGAAAGAUGGGCGAGGAGUCCAAUGAUGACAAGAAGCCCACGACAAAAUUUGAACUGGAACGAGAAACCGAACUGCGCUUUGAGGUGGAAGCGUCGCAGACAGUUCAGUUGGAGCUGCUGGCUGGCAUGGCAGAAAUCUUUGGCACAGAACUGACCCGGAACAAGAAAUUUACUUUUGAUGCCGGGGCCAAGGUGGCUGUCUUCACUUGGCAUGGCUGUUCCGUGCAGCUCAGCGGCCGCACCGAGGUGGCUUAUGUGUCCAAGGAUACCCCGAUGUUGCUUUAUCUCAACACUCACACAGCCCUGGAGCAAAUGCGAAGGCAGGCGGAGAAGGAAGAAGAGCGAGGCCCCCGGGUGAUGGUUGUGGGCCCCACUGAUGUGGGCAAGUCCACCGUGUGUCGUCUGCUGCUCAAUUACGCAGUUCGCUUGGGACGCCGACCCACUUACGUGGAGUUGGAUGUGGGCCAAGGCUCCGUGUCCAUUCCUGGAACCAUGGGUGCCCUCUACAUUGAGAGGCCUGCGGAUGUUGAAGAAGGAUUCUCUAUCCAAGCCCCUCUGGUGUAUCAUUUUGGCUCCACCACUCCUGGCACCAAUAUCAAGCUUUAUAAUAAGAUCACGUCUCGCUUAGCACACGUGUUCAAUCAGAGAUGUGAGGUGAACCGAAGGGCUUCCGUGAGCGGCUGUGUCAUCAACACCUGCGGCUGGGUCAAGGGCUCGGGCUACCAUGCCCUGGUGCACGCAGCCUCCGCUUUUGAGGUGGAUGUGGUUGUGGUUCUGGAUCAAGAGCGACUGUACAACGAAUUGAAACGGGACCUGCCCCACUUUGUCCGCACCGUCUUGCUCCCCAAAUCCGGGGGUGUCGUGGAGCGCUCCAAGGACUUCCGGAGAGAGUGUAGAGACGAGCGGAUCCGCGAGUAUUUCUACGGAUUCCGGGGCUGUUUCUAUCCCCACGCCUUCAACGUCAAGUUCUCCGACGUGAAAAUCUACAAAGUGGGGGCGCCCACCAUCCCAGACUCCUGCUUGCCGUUGGGCAUGUCUCAGGAGGACAAUCAGCUCAAGCUCGUGCCAGUCACCCCUGGCCGAGAUAUGGUACACCACCUUCUGAGUGUGAGCACUGCAGAGGGCACGGAAGAGAACCUUUCCGAGACCAGCGUGGCUGGCUUCAUCGUGGUGACCAGUGUAGACCUGGAGCAUCAGGUGUUCACGGUCCUCUCUCCAGCCCCCCGCCCCCUGCCCAAGAACUUCCUCCUCAUCAUGGAUAUCCGGUUCAUGGAUCUGAAGUAGAAUCCG